GUUGAAAAUGGCUGACUACCCAUUGAAAGCGGCUUGCUGUCAAAAUAUAAAAAUACUUGAUAUUUAACGCGUAUGCCAUAUUUAUGUGCAGUUUAAAAGUUUUCAUCUAUUAUUUAUAAUAUUAAACUGAAUGAAUUCUAAAAGUUUCUUCUCAGAUGUCGUAAAAGUCGAUAGGCAAAGGUCAUUUACACCUUUGCGGGUUUGUUCGUGUCGAGAGUCGCGCAUAUUAGGGCUCUUACUCGCUCGCGCUGUGCACUGUGUAGAAUGAGUGAUGAAGGUGACGACUCCCCGCCGCGGCCGAAGCGGAAGAUCAAGCGAGUGGUCGUCGUGUCGUCGUCGUCUGACUCGGACAGCGACGAGACGGUCGGCGUGGCGGGGUCGAGGAGGAAGAAGCUGAGGAUACUCAGCGACGACGACGGGAACGACAGCAGCGGCAGCUCCGUGUUCCGCGCGGGGACGCGGCGCCGGCGCACGCUGCCCAAGCUGAAGGACUCGGACGCCGAGAGCGACAGCUCGGGCUGGGGUUCGGAGCGCUCGGGCGCCGCUCCGGCCGCCGCCAAGCCAUCGGGUUUCUCGUCCGACAGCUCGGAGGGCAACUCCGACAAGUGCUCCAUAUGUCUCCUGCGCUUCACCGAUCAAGAAGUGGGGAUCCCCGAGAGUUGUGAACACAUAUUUUGCUUGGACUGUAUUUUAGAGUGGUCGAAAAAUGUGAACACUUGUCCAGUGGACAGAAUGCUGUUUAACUCAAUAGUGGUGCGAGCCUGCAUGGGCGGCCGAGUGGUACGCACGCAGCCAGUGCAGGUGCAGCGUCGCUCGUCAGUGGACACAUUUGUUAUGAUUGAGGAGCUGACAGUGUGCGAGGUGUGUAGCAGUGCGGAGGGCGAGGAGACCAUGCUGCUGUGCGACCGCUGCGACCUGGGCUACCACAUGCAGUGCCUCUCACCACCUCUCACCGAGAUUCCUCCAGACAUGUGGCUCUGUCCCAACUGUCGGGACACCGACGACGCGGCCAUCAACCUGUCCGAAGUGGAGGACAUCAUCGGCGAGUUCCUGGAGACGUCGCCGCCCACAGCGCCGCGCCCCUCCGCGCUGCGCCGCGCCCCGCGCGCCGCGCGCCGCUCGCUGCGCCGCCUUGACCAGCCCUCCACGUCGCGCGCCGCGCCCGCCGCCGCGCCCGCCGCGGCCCGGCGCCGGCCCACCGCCCGGCGGAAGUACAAGCGGAGAAGAGCCAAGACGGUAGUCAUAGAGUAUGAAGUGCAAGAGAAUGGCAAGUUUCCCAUCACGAAAAAGGUCACGAGGAAGGUGAAGAAGAGAAGGGUCAAGCGGCGGCAGCCGCGCACGGCGGCGCGGCGCUCGCACGUGCUCGCCAGCGUGCGCGCGCGCCUCGCCACGCUGCACGCCGAGCCGGCCCUCGCGCCCGCGCCCGCCGGCGCGCUGGCCGUGAGCCGCCGCCGCGCCGGCAUCCCGACGCUGAGUCUGCUCGGCGAUCCCAACGAACUGGACUACUUCUCCGACGACGGCGACGCCGUCUCCGAGGACGCCGCCGCAGCGGUCGCGCGCCGUCCGGCCGCCGCGCUCAGCGCCUACCGUCAGGCGCGCCGCAAGCUGGCGGCCGCGCCGUCCCCGCCGCACGCCGCCGCCGCGCCCGACCUGCUGGCCGACAUCCUGGAGCGCCAGACGCUGCUGCACUCCAAGCGCGCCGUGCUGCGCCUCUCCGCCGACGGUGCCGUAAGCGUGCAGCUGCCGCCCGCCGCGCCGCCGCGCGCCGACCGUGUGGACCCGGCCACGGCGAGCGCGCCCGCGCGCCAGGCGCCUUCGCACCCGGGUGGUGGGCGCGCCGGCGGCUGGGGCGGCGGCUACCGCGGCGCCUACCGCCGUGACCAGACCGCCGACUUCAACCGCGGCGGCGGCUACGACGCGCCGGCUGCGCGCGCCGGGCUCGGUGGCUACGGCGGCGCCAGCGACGCGCGCCGCGACGACGUCGACUACUACGACUCGUUCCCGCGCCGCCCGCAGUACGCGUCCGACGAUGCCUUCUUCGGCCGCCGGCGCCCGGCGCCCGAGCCGCGCCCCUUCCCCGUGCAGCGCGCCGCCGACCAGACGCCGGCGCGCUACGGGCCCGGUGCAUGGCAGCCCUACGCACCGCGCGCUGACGCGCCGCCUGCGCAGGCGCGCCACUCGUUCGGCGGCUUCGAGAAUCCCGUAGACAUGCGCAUGGGCCAAAUGCCGCCGACAAGCCCGGUCGCGGACGCCUUCGCGCGCCGUGCCGCGCCGCCGGCGUAUCGCCCUCUCGCCGAGCCACCCGUGUUCAGCUUCCCGAAGACGGCGGAGCCUGACCGCUCGGAGGACGAGCGCAGCGACUCCGGUCUCGUCAUCGACACGGAGAAGUACGACCCCACCGAGCCCACGCACGACGACGACGACAGCGGCGACGACGCCGCGCCCGCGCCGCCCACGCCGCCCGCGCCGCCGCCGCCCGCGCUGACGCCGCCCGGCCUCGACCUCGCCGCCGGCGUGCUGGACUCGGCGGUGCGCCAGGUGCUGAGCGAGCACCGCAGCGCGCUGGCACCCGCCGCCGAGCGCAGCGACGACGAGUCGGAUGGUGACUGCCCCAACUUCUCCAUCUACUCCGCGGCCAGCGUGCACAUCGCCAGCAGCAGCGCGCUGAACGAUGACGCGGCGAGCGCGCGCGCGCCCGACGGCCUCGCGAACCUCGUACAGCAGGACGACUCGCCGCCAUCGCGCUCGCCGGCCACGCCCGACGAACGCACGCCGCCCACGCCCGACGAGCGCACGCCGCCCACGCCUGACGAGCGCACGCCGCCCGACACCGCCGCCUCCGGUGAUGACUAUGAUGAGAAGAAGAAAUCCGAGGAGGAGUACAAGGAGAAGGUGUCCAAGCGAUGCCCCAUCACGGUCAACAAGCGCGAUCCCAUCAAAAUAAAACUGAACACACCCUCUCUGAUCAAGAGGCAGAUCACGCUGUACGACGACGAGGAGGCCAGCCAGGACGCCGACGACGCGCCCGCCCAGCCCCAGCCCUCCGGAGUUAGCGCGCUGGAGAAGGAGGCCGUCGAAAGAGUCGACGACGAAACUAAACUGAAGGGUGCCAGCGACGAAUGCGACGAAAGUAUUCAGAGUUUGAACAAGUCAAGUUUCAAAGAUAACAUAAAUGGCGACAGUCAAUACGAGAAAGCAGCUUCCCCCCGAGUCGAGGAGCCUGCCGAGUCCGAGGAGCGCGCCCGACACGAACACGACGAAGACAAGGUCGAUUUUGAGAAGGCCGAGGAGAACAACAAUGAAAAUUUAGCAAACGACAAGACGGACGACGCGGCGGGCGAGGGCGACGACGCCGGCGACUCGUCCUCGCGCGAGGCCGAGCGCGAGGACGACGCCGUGGAGAAGAUGACCGAGUCCAUCAGCGAGACGGAGGACGAGCGCAGCUACACGCCGUGUCUCGACGAGAACCGGCCGGCCGAGGACGCGCUGCGCGACACCGAGCUCAUCUCCGACGACGACGCGCUGCCGUCCGAGCCCGAGGCGCCCGCGCCCGCCGCGCCGCGCCGCCGCCAGCCCGACAAGAAGAAGAAGAAGAAGGACUCCAAGCGCGAGCCCAAGGACAAGGCCAAGGCCAAGAAGAAGGCCGACGUGGCCUUCAAGAAGCUCAGCAAGAGCGGCAAAGAGCGCAACUACCGCGAGCGCGAGCGCGACGACAAGCGCGAGCGCCGCUCCGCCGACGCCGAGCGCGCGCGCCGCCGCCGCGACAAGCGCAAGGACCUCGAGCGCUACGACGUGCGCUCCGUUGUGUCCGAGAAGCGCCGCAAGCUCAAGGACGCCUUCGGCCGCGACGUGUCGCCGCGCGCGCGCUCGCCCUCGCCCUCGCCGCCGCCGCGCUCUGCAUCGCCCGCGCGCCGCUCGCCGUCCCGCCGCUCCUUCUCCCGCCGCUCGCCCUCCCGGCCGCGCCGCUCGCUCUCCCGGCCGCGCCCGUCGCCCGCGAGGCUCCGGCGAUCCGCGUCGAAGGUCCGCCGGUCGCUCUCGGGAUUCCGCCGGUCACCGUCCCGGGGAAGGAAGUCGCCCGCGAGGCUUCGGCGGUCCAUCUCCCGGCGCCGAUCGCCCUCCCCGCCGCGCCGGUCGCCGUCCCGCGGUCGCCGCUCCGCGCUCGGCCGCAAGUCCUCCUCGCGCCGCGGCAGCGUACCGCGUGCGCGCUCGCCCUCCCCGCCCCGCGCCCGCCGCUCGCCGCCCCGCUCUCGACGCUCCGCGUCGCCCCUGCGCCGCCGCUCCGCGUCACCCGCGCGCCGCCGCUCCGGCACGCCGUUGCUGUCCCCGCGCCGCCGCAAGCGUCGCCGCUCCGCCUCGCCCGCCGCACGCAGCCCGCCGCGUCGCACGACCAAGAAGAAGAAGCGCGCCCGGGCAACACGCCGCGCUCCGCCAUCGCCCGCACGCAAACGGCGACGCACCGUCAGCCGCGGCGCGUCGCCGUCGCCCGCGUCACGGCCACCGUCGCCGCGCACGCCGCCGCCCGAGCCCGCGCCCUCGCCGUCGCCGCGCCGCCGCCGCGACCCCGAGCGGCGGCGGCGCGUGCGCGACGCGGUCGGGCCCUCCAAGGAGGUGUUCACGUCGGGCGACAACAUCCUCGUCAGCGUGAGCUUCAAAGAGCAGGAGCGCGGCGAGGAGGGCGCGCGCCGCCGCCGCCGCGACUCGCGCCGCGAGCGCCGCCGCCGCCGCCGCCUGGCCGCCGCGCCUGAUGACGCGCCCAAGCCCGUGGCCAUCAUCGACCUGGAGCGCUCGCCCUUCCGCGAGCUCACGCCGUCGCCCAGAAACGUGAUCGUGCUGAGCGACAGCGAGCCGGGCGAGCCGCCCGCCGCGCCGCCCGCGCCCGCGCCGCCUCCCGAGCCGGCCGCGGGGCCCAAGACGCCGCCCGAGCCCGCCGCGCCCGCGCCCGCGCCCUCGCCCGCGCCCGCCGCUGCACCCUCGCCCGACGCCUACGACCCGUUCGAGCCCACGCGCUCGCCGUCGCCGCCCGCCGCCGCGCCGCCGUCGCCCGCGCGCCCGCACAUGACGCUGGAGGCGGCGCAGCGCAGCAACCUGUCGGCCGACGACGUGCUGGCGCGCCGCCCGCUCACGCCCGUGGAGAAGGUGAUGGCGCUGCUGCAGUCGACGCGCGACGCGGAGGAGGCGGAGGCGCCGCCCGCGCCCCGCAUCGUGCUGCCGUCGCCCACGCGCGCGCCGCCCAAGCUGUUCCCGGGCAAGCCUUCGCCCAUCAAGUCCAACCCCGUCAAGCCCAUGCAGGCGGCGCGCCUGCCGCGCGACGACGGCGCCUCGCCCUACUCGCCCGGCUCCAGCGACUUCGGCGAGCUGUUCGAGCCGCCGCCGCGCCGCGCCGUGCGCCGCAAGCGAGGUAAAACGCAGGUGGGCGUGAAGCUGGACGACGACAACCUGAAGAUCCUGGACGAGCUGCCCAGCUCGGCCGUGGAGCUGCAGGUCAAGAGCAAGGUGGGUUGGCGCGAACCGAGCCAACUUGAAUUCCUCAAGAAGCUGAACCGGCAGGAGCGCGUGGUGGAGGAGGUGAAGCUGGUGCUCAAGCCGCACUACAAUAAGAAGCGCGUCACCAAGGACGAGUACAAGGACAUCCUGCGGCGCGCCGUGCCCAAGAUCUGUCACAACAAGUCCGGCGAGAUCAACCCCACCAAGAUACAAGCGCUCGUGGAAGCGUACGUCAAAAAGUUCAGGAAAAAACAUAAACUCGGAGUAGCGUAGUGAGUGCACCGGACCUUGUGCGAGACAGCCCCGCGGCGGAGUAGUCAUAGCUAAUGUAAUGAAGUACGUGGUAGAAUCUAUCAAAUUAUUGUAAUUAUAAUUUAUCUGCGUACAAUGUAUUUUACUUAAAUUUUUAUUUAAUUAAAAAUAAUUAUUAUUAUAUAGAUUUAAUUAAAUCAUGUCA